AUGAUUGGAAAGUGUGUUCUUCUAGCGCUCCUGGUCGCCUUCGCCAGUGCCUCACCAGUCGCCCAGGAUAAUGGCAUGGUCGACUUUCGUGAAGCCCUUGACAUGUUCAUCAACGCCUAUAAGAAAAUGAUGCCCUGUGGCUUCGCUGCCGACAAUAUUCCAGCCAUGGCCCCACUGACCGUCGAUUUCUUCCCCUUCGACUACGUCAACGGAGAGACUCACCUUAAGGGCAAUGUGAGCAACAUCCGCGUCUCUGGUCUCAACAACUUCCAGAUCCUGAGCGGCAGCUACAACCAGAGCACUCUGCAUGCCACCUUCGACGUUAUGUACCCCGCUCUUCAAAUUCUGGGAUCCUAUGAAGUUGAGGGUGUUCUUAGCAUUGGUGGUCUCUUGAUGCCAAUUCGCCAGAAGGUUCUGAUCAACAAGAAAAUAACAGAUUGGCGCUUCGUGGGCAAAUACACUUUCGGCCAGAGCUUGACCAACUCCAAUGGACUGCGCAUCAAGGACUUCAACCUGCAAUACUUGGUUGGUGGUGUGGUGGCUGCCAACUGGGAUCAGUACAUGGACAUUGCCGGAAACAACUAUUUCAACAGUUUCAUCAAUUCCUUCUCUGUGUUGUUCACUGAGGAGAUUCAGCCUUAUGUCACACCCCUGUAUGAAAAGUAUGUGUUACCCACCCUCAAUGACCUGCUCUCUAACCUAAACAUGGCUGAGUUGAUUAAUUACCUAACAUCACAAGCCGAGAUGUGGAACACUGCCGACUGCUCAGCUCAGGCUUAA